AUGGAACCAUUAAAGACAUUUUCUCUUGAUCAUGUAAUUAAAGAUUCUUUUAAUGAAGUAGAAGUUGAAUUAAAGGAAUAUGAUACAGAUAAUUUUGGUUUUUUGUCUUUACAACGUAAUGCCUAUAUACAAUUGGCGGAUGCUUCUGUAAAUGAAAUACCUAAAUAUAAUUCAUCUUUAUUAUCUAUAGGAAAUAAGAAUGGUUAUUAUGUUUCUGGAAUUCCGUUGGGAUUUGUAUUUGGAAGGACUGAAUCUUUAAGAGAAAGCUUAAAAAGUAAAGCUGUUAAAGGAAUAGUAGAACACAGACCAUUGUUAACAAUACAUCUUGAGAAGAAAGUUUUAAAUCUUUCUUUUUCUUCAGAUGAACAAUAUUUAAUUGUGGCCACAGAAGAAAAUAUAAUUAUGUUUUAUAACACACAAAAAUUGCUUCAAAAGAAUAAUUAUCAUCAACCUGAAUUUGUGUUUCAAAUUGAAAAUAUUAAAAAUAUUCUUCCUAACCCAGUAGAUAAUAAUAUAGUUGCAGUAUUAACUUUUUUUGGCAACAUUCAUAUGAUCAAUUUUUCACAAAGGAGUGUUUCAAAACCUUUGGCAAAUAAUAUAACUUCAUGUUCAUGGUCUCAAAAAGGCAAACAAAUAGUAUGUGGGACAUCGGAUGGAAAAUUAAUCCAAUAUACUCCAGAUGGUUCUCUAAAAGCUGUUAUCAACAAGCCCAAGUCACUGAAUGAUGCAUAUUAUGUAAGUUCUAUUUUAUGGCUGGAAAACCAUGUUUUUUUUGUUGUUUAUAAUGACUAUAAUUUAUCAGAGAACUUGAGACAUGAUUAUAUAAUUUUUAUAAUUACAAGAGAGCAAAAUGGAACAAUUGUUUAUGGAAGACUUGUAGAUCCUAGCCCGCCCUUUGGAUUGACUAGUAGAAUUGACCAUCAUUUUAUAAAAUAUUUUAAAAAUUGGGAGCCUAAUUUAAAAGAUUUUAUUAUUAUUGCAGCAACAGCAAGUACUGAUAUUGGUAUAGUUUGUCGUAAUAAAGAUGAUUUAGUAUGGAAAACAUUAAUUAUAUCUAAUGAGACUUAUAGAGCUUCUUUACCAUAUUCUCUUUUGAAUGAUUGUGAUACUUCACCUAUUGGUAUUGCACUUGAUUUUACAUUAUCUGAAAAUAUCCAAAAACCAUUAUUUCCAAAUGAUGAGCCAAAAGAAAGCCAGCCUCUUCCUAUUUUAUAUCUUCUUAAUAAUGAUUAUUUUUUAACAGGAUAUUAUGUUCUUUAUAUUGAUGCAAUAAAAGCAGGCAAAAUAUGUAGUUCUAUGUGUUUAGCUAAAGAAAAUAUUCCUGAUAUAAAUUUUAAUCAAAAUACAGCUGUAGCUACAAAAGAAUGUAGUUUUGGUUUUACGCCAUUACACAUGCCAAACUUACCUACUUUGAAUUCAAAAUCUAUGUCUGAAAAAACUUCUGAUUCACAUACAUUUAGACAAAUGAUUAAUAAUUCAAUCUCAUUUGGAGUUUCUUCUUUUGGGGUUCCAUCUUUUGGAAUCCCUGUUUUUGGAAAUACUUCUUUUGGAUCAUCUGCAAAUACAGGUACUGAGAAUUUAGUAUUUAAAAAAAAAGAAUUUGGUAGUACAUCACAAGGUAUUAAAUCGUCAUUCGCAUCAUUUGCAUCUAUGACUAAAUCGAAUAAUGAUUCUCCUUUUGGAAAUUUAAUUCAAAAUUCAUCUCAAAUGUAUGGAAAUAAGUCAGAAAAUAUUUUUAGUGAGUCAAAGUCCUCAUUUUCAUUUAAUACAUCAAGACCUGAAAAUAAAGACGAUGAUAUUGAAGAUGAUGAGUUACAAAUAGAAAAUGAUAAUGCUUUAGGAGAUAGAAUAGAGUGUAUUUCAGAUAAAGAACCAAAGAUAAUAUCUGAUUCCCCUUUUGGAGGAAUUAUGAAUUUUUUUAAUAUUAAUAACGAAAAAAAAGAUUCUACAAAUAUUCAAUCUCAACAAUUUAAUUCAUCGGAAUCCUCUGUGGAAACUUCUAAUCUUUGUCUUUUUGAAAGAGAAAAUAAUCUUUCUGUAGAUAAUAUGUCUGUGAAGUCUUCUAAUUUGUCAUUUUCGGCAAUGCAAGAUCAGAAGUCUUCUGAUUUUUUUUUGAUUCAAAAAAGUCAAAUAAGAAAUAACCUUGAAAAUUCAAAUAUGAAUAUUCUUUCUUCUGAUAACUCUAAAGUUUCCUGCUUAUCUGGAAUUAACGAUAUUAUUAAAACGGAAAAAGCAUCUACAGAUCUUUUAAAGAAAGAAGAUAACAGCAUUUCAUUUAGUAAUUUAUCUUUUAAUGGGACUGAUGAAUUGUCAGAAAAAUUAAAAAAAAUAAAUAAAAAUACUCAAAUAUCUUUUGAUGAAGUAACUCCGCCGAUUAUUCUAAACAAGUCUCAUAGAAAUAUUUUUGAAGCGAAAAUUUAUGAUAAAACUGAACUUAAUCGAGAUUAUGAAAGUAGGAUAUCUGAUUAUGACUUUGAUUCUUUGAAUAGUGAGAAGAAAAAGGAACUUUCUUCAUUAGAACAUUCUUGUCCAGAGAUUACUCCUCUUUCCAAAGGAAACGUUUUAGGAAAUAAUUUAAAUGUAUCUUUAAAUGAGUCUAUUAUUUGCGAUUCUGUUGAAAAAUCAGUAUUUCAAAAUGUUUUGAAAUUUCAUGAAAAUCUACCUGUAAAUGUUUCUAAAGUAAAGUCUAAUGAUUUACUACCAUACAUAUCACCAGAAAGUGAAAAUAUUGGUUUUGAAGAAAACGGACAUUUGAUAUCACAAAAUUCUAAUAUAUUAUCUAAUAUGCCUUUGAUUUCUUCUCAUAGUUUAAACGUUUUGGAACCUAAAAGUGAUACUGAGGUUCUUAGCAAUUUUUCCAAAAUCGAAACACUAAACACUACUAAUGAAAUUUAUAAUCAUGAAAUCGAAAAGUCCAUAUUAUUUAAAGAGCAGCAUACAAUGAAAUUGAUGCCACUGGUUUCUAUGAGUGAAGUUUCUAAAGCUCAAAGUAAAGAAAAGGGCCUUAUUAAAGAAAUCGAUAUAAUAUAUAUACAAAUGGAAAGUGAAUUGAAUGUUAUUCAAGAGAAUCUUUGGAGAUUAAGUCAAUUCAUAGAAAUUCAAAAAAAUAAUAAUAUACAAGAUCAUAUAGAUCUGUCUGUAAAACAAAUUAAAAAAUGGAAAUUAAGUGAGAUUUCUCAAAUGGAAAAAAAGGCAUGCAUUUUACUAAGUGAUGUUUCAAAUUUUCAAAAAAUAGAAAAUAUGAAUCUUAAUGUUAUAAAAUUUUUAAAAAAAACAUUUAUUAAAUUAGAAGCGAAACAUAUAGAAGUAUCUAGGUUUAUCAGAGCACGUAUUGAUCAUGAAUUUACACAAAUGAUUAAAGUUCGGCAAUUAGGAUUUGAACAUCUUGAAAGUCAAGCAAAACUUCGUAAAAUAUGUCAGAAUGUUGAGGAUUAUUUGUGGAAAGCUGAAGAAGAUUUUGCAUUAUAUAAAGCAAAACUUGCUGGAAGAACUAAUGGUAAUAUAAAAAUGCCUUCACUAGAAUCAAUUAAAAAAGCGUUGGGAAAAAUUGGUUCUCUUAUCCAACAAAGUAUGAAUGAAGUAAAUAAUUUAGAACUUCACUUUAAAGAAUUGAAAACAGAGUCAUUUAUAAAAGCAAAAGAUAUAAAAGUUAGAACUAGUCGUAAAAAUUUAUUUUUUUCAGAAAAUAUAUCAUCAAUUACUACAACAGAUAUAUUACGGAAAGAUAAGUUUUUGACUAUUUUAAAAGAAAUAAUGAAAGAAAGAUGUCCAUUACAUACAACUAUUUGUGACUAA